ACCAUAGAGAAUCAAUGAAGUAGUAAAAGGGGGGAACGUUUGGCAGAGAAGUUAGGGAAGGUCAAAGACUUUUAAAAGCUUGGAAGGAUUGUUUGUUUGUUUUAGUCGGGUUCCCUUCUUUUAUCUACUGAAUUCUAAAGAAGACCAGAAGUAACAUGAAGUUCAUCAUUGGCAUCGGCGGCAUCACCAACGGUGGGAAAACCACGUUGACGAACCGGUUAAUAAAGGCACUACCAAACUGCUGUGUGGUGCACCAGGAUGACUUCUUCAAGAAAUCCGAUCAAAUAGAAGUCGGGGAGGACGGCUUUAGACAGUGGGAUGUCAUCACGGCCCUCGACAUGGAGGCCAUGGUAAACACUAUCAAAGGCUGGCAGGAGAACCCAGUCAAGUUUGCCCGUUCCCAUGGAGUCAACCUGUCGGUUGAAGCGGAGACGUCGGACCCGGAGACGACGGGGAUCCACAUCCUCAUCGUGGAGGGCUUCCUCCUCUACAACUACCUACCCCUCCUGGACUUCUAUGACCAGAGUUACUUCAUCUCCAUUCCAUACGAGGAGUGCAAGCAGAGAAGGAGUACAAGAACAUACACAGUCCCCGACCCCCCUGGCCUGUUCGACGGCCAUGUGUGGCCCAUGUACGUGAAACACAGGAAAGAGAUGGAAAACAACUGCAAUUCCAUAGAGUAUCUUGAUGGCAAGAAAACCAAGGAGGAGAUCUACAACCAGGUGUACAAAAGCAUUCAGAACUCUCUGCUCAACAGCUUAUAGCAGGAAGCCUGGACCCCAAGGGAUUAUGUAUAGACUUGUAAAUAUACUGUGGAAUAAUAUCAUCACCAAGAAAGGCUUUGAGCCAAUGUAAUGUUAUUCCUCUCUUGACCUGUAAAUAGAAAAACCUUGUAACUUAAGAACUGAAUGCAGAAGAAACUUAUAUUGUAACCUUUUACAAAAAGAUGAAACCAACUCUUGAAAGGAUGGUUAUGCAACUUAAAAGAGACUACCUAACCCA